UGAGUCAUGCGUUGUAUCUCUCUCCACCACACAACAAUGAUGUCAGUAGUCUGGACAGUCCUCUUUGGACCUGUAAGCUUUGCGCCACGCUCUGCGGUGUGAUGCUCCACGUAUGUCAGCUCGCGUGCGUGUUUGUGAUCGUCUCGAGCUGUCAGCGGUGAAGCGGCAGCAGAGGAGCGAGCUGUCGGGAGGCUGCCGGGAGUCUGCCCUAUAUCUCGCCUUAUGAUGAUCGCUGCGGCGUUUUUGGUCCUGCUAAGGCCGUAUAGUAUCCAAUGCGUGCUGCUGCUGUUGCUGCUUCUGCUCGGGACUAUUGCCACAAUUUUGUUUUUCUGCUGCUGGCAUCGCAGGCUUCGUAAUGGGAAGCAUCCAAUAAAAUCUGUGCUCUCCGGACGCUCCAAGAGCCGCGUUGGCCUACGAACGCAUCAUUUUCGAUCAGAGGGCUUCAGGCACAGUCCACGCCACGCACGAAGGAGCAUUCAUGCUCGAGUGACUGAAGAAAAGCCCAGUCUGGUUGAAGUUCCUGACAGUGAGCCCGAUUCAUCAUCUACUCUUCGAAAACGGAAAGUCAAGAAGAGGGUUCAGCCUGAAUUUUACCAGUCUGUACAGGUCACCCCCACACGCAAACCUAGCUCCAGUUCGGGGAACCCUUCCCUGCACUGCUCCAUGUCUUCCUCCGCGGAUUUUUCGGACGAGGAUGAUUACAGUGUUAAAUCUGGAUCGGCAUCACCGGCACCCGGGGACACUUUGCCCUGGAACCUGCCCAGACAUGAGCGAUCCAAGAGGAAAAUCCAAGGAGGAUCCGUGCUGGAUCCGGCAGAGAGAGCCGUGCUCCGGAUCGCAGAUGAGAGAGACAGAGUGCAGAAGAAGACAUUUACAAAGUGGAUUAACCAGCAUCUGGUGAAGGUACGAAAGCAUAUAAACGACCUGUACGAAGACUUGCGAGAUGGACAUAACCUGAUCUCACUGCUGGAGGUUCUGUCUGGAGACACGUUGCCAAGGGAGCGUGAUUUUCUGAAGACUUUGCGGUUGGUGAGUGGGACAGAAGCAUGUGCAGUUGAGCAGCAUGGAGACUCGUUGGAUGAUGAUAAGGGGCCUCGGGAGAGGGGGAGGAUGCGCUUCCACAGACUCCAGAAUGUACAAAUAGCACUGGACUACUUAAAAAGGCGGCAGGUCAAACUUGUAAAUAUCAGAAACGACGACAUUACGGAUGGAAACCCAAAACUGACCCUGGGGUUGAUCUGGACCAUCAUUCUGCACUUUCAGAUCUCGGAGAUCCACGUAACAGGGGAGUCCGAGGACAUGACAGCGAAGGAGAGACUGCUGCUCUGGUCCAAGCAGAUAACAGACGGCUACGUAGGCGUACGGUGUGAUAACUUCACAACCUCGUGGAGGGAUGGAAGGCUAUUUAAUGCCAUCAUUCAUAAAUACAGACCAGAUCUGAUCGACAUAAGCAGUGUGUCGGCGCAAACCAACAGGUCGAACUUAGAGCAAGCGUUUUGUGUAGCUGAGCAGCUGGGAGUGGCCAGGCUGCUGGACCCUGAAGACGUUGAUGUUCAGUCUCCCGAUGAAAAGUCGGUGAUCACGUACGUCUCAACACUGUACGAUGCCUUCCCCAAAGUACCCGACGGUGUUGAGGGGAUUAAUCCCAACGAUGUUGAUAUCAAAUGGGUGGAGUACCAGAACAUGAUCAAAUACCUCAGCCAGUGGAUCAAACACAACGUGGCCAUAAUGUCAGACAGAUCAUUCCCCAACAACCCUGUAGAACUCAAGGCACUUUAUACACAAUAUCUCCAGUUCAAAGAGCAUGAAAUCCCUGUGAAAGAAAACGAGAAAACGAAAAUCAAAAAUCUCUACAAAAUGCUUGAGAUGUGGAUUGAGUUUGGACGCAUCCAGUUACCCCCGGGUCAUCACCCCAACGAUGUCGAGAAGGAAUGGGGAAAAUUAAUUGUGGCUAUGCUGGAAAGAGAAAAGAGCCUGAGGCCGGAGAUGGAAAGGCUUGAGAUGUUGCAGCAGAUUGCCAACAGGGUGCAACGGGACUGUGUCAAUGGCGAGGACAAGCUGGCAUUGGCUAGAACGGCCCUGCAGUCUGAUGCAAAACGCCUUGAGUCUGGCAUUCAGUUCAUAAAUGAAGCAGAGAUUGCUGGUUACCUGUUGGAGUGUGAGAACAUCCUCAGGCAGCAGGUCGUGGACAUCCAGAUUCUCCUGGACGGGAAAUUUCCAUUUGCAGACCAACUUGUCCAAAGAGUAUCAAAGCUCCGGGACGAUCUCCUCACGCUGAGAGCCGAAUGUUCCUCCAUCUACAGCAAAGGUCGCACCCUGACGACAGAACAAACCAAAAUGAUGAUCUCUGGCAUCACGCAAAGCCUGAACUCUGGCUUCUCCCAGAAUAUCAACUCCAGCCUGACACCAGCGCUCACUCCUGCACUUACCCCGGGGGGGUUAGGAACCCCUGGAUCCACAUUCACCUCUAGCCUUACGCCGUGCCUCACCCCGUCCCUGACGCCCGCCUUGACCCCCGGCAUGCAGCCCGUUUCGGUCCACAGCUACAUGGGGAGCGGCGGCGGCGGCGUUGGCGGCGGCAUGGACCCCGGUGGGCUCAUGCAGCUGAAGCAUAUCCAGAUCCGAAAGCCUUUGCUGAAGUCGUCUCUGGCCGACCCCAACAUGACGGAAGAGGAGGUCAACAUGAAAUACGUUCAGGAUCUCCUCAACUGGGUGGAAGAAAUGCAGAUACAGCUGGAGCGCUCAGAGUGGGGAUCUGACCUGCCCAGCGUGGAAAUGCAUUUAGAAAACCACAAAAAUGUGCAUCGAGCCAUUGAAGAGUUUCAGAUGAGUCUCAAAGAUGCCAAACUAAGUGAAAUUCAGAUGACCAUCCCCCUGAAGCUCACCUAUUCAGACAAGCUCAGCAAACUGGAAAAGCAGUACGAAAGGCUGCUGACCUGUUCUCGGGAGCGGCAGAGCAGCCUGGAGAGCCUGCAAGACUUUGUGUCGCAGGCGACUCAAGAGCUCAUCUGGCUGAACGAGAAGGAGGAGGAGGAGGUGGCCUUCGACUGGAGCGAUCGCAACAGCCACAUCUCCAAGAAGAGAGAUUACCACGCUGACUUAAUGAGGGAGCUGGAUGAAAAGGAGGAAGCCAUCAAGUCUGUGCAGGACAAAGCAGAGCGCCUCAUGCUCAAGAACCACCCGGCCAGGCUAACUAUUGAAGCAUACAGAGCUGCAAUGCAGACACAGUGGAGCUGGAUUUUACAGCUGUGCUCAUGUGUAGAACAGCACCUCAAGGAGAACGCUGUUUAUUUUGAGUACUUCAGCGAUGCCAAAGAGUCAUUGGACUACCUGAAAAACCUGCAGGACUCAAUUCAAAGGAAAUACAGCUGUGAUCGAACGAGCAGCCUCCACCGACUGGAGGACCUGAUUCAGGAGUCCAUGGAUGAGAAAGAGGAGCUUCUUCAGUACAGAAACACAGUAGCGGGGUUAGUGGGACGGGCCAAAAACAUCGUGCAGCUCAGGCCGAGAAACCCUGAGAGCUCCCUGCGAUCCUCCAUCCCUGUGAGAGCGAUCUGCGAUUACCGUCAGAUCGAGAUUACCAUUUACAAGGAUGAUGAGUGCGUACUGGCCAAUAACUCGCACCGGGCAAAGUGGAAAGUCAUCAACCCAGCAGGAAACGAGGCCAUGGUGCCUUCAGUCUGCUUCACCGUUCCUCCACCCAACAAGGAGGCUGUCGACAUGGCUGCAAGAAUUGAACAAGUGUACCAGAACGUCCUGUCACUGUGGCACCACUCCCACAUCAACAUGAAGAGUGUGGUGUCUUAUCAUUAUCUCAUGGCUGACAUAAGAGCCAUUCGCAACUGGAACGUGUCCUCAAUAAAGACCAUGCUACCCGGUGAGCAUCAGCAGGUUUUGAGCAACCUGGAGUCUCACUUUGACGAGUUCCUGGAAGACAGCGAGGAGUCGGAGGUGUUCACCGUGGCCGACUGCACGCAGCUGGAGAGAGACGUGGCGGCCUGCAAGGAGUACUACCAGGAACUGCUCCGAUCUGCAGAGAGAGAGGAACACGAGGAGUCGGUUUACAAUCAAUACAUCUCAGAAAUACGCAACUUCCGAAUGCACCUGGAGGCUCACGAAGAGCACCUGAUCAGGCAAAUCCGCACGCCACUGGAACGAGACGACCUGGAGCAGAGCCUGCAGCGCAUCACAGAGCACGAGAAGAAGACAGCGGAGCUUAACAAGCUGAAGGAGGACCUGGACGUCCUGAAGGAGAAGUGCGAGGUGUUCCUCAGACAGGCUGCGGGGUCGCCGUCGGCGCCGACACUGUCCUCUGAACUCUCCGUGGUCAUUCAGAGUAUGGGCCAAGUGCACUCCAUGUCUUCCAUUUAUAUGGACAAACUGAAAACUGUGAGUCUGGUGGUGAAUCACAGCCAGAGUGCAGAGGCGUUGGUUAAGGCCUUUGAAUCCAAACUUUAUGAGGAAGAAGCCAUAAAUUCUGAUGUCAAAUCCAUCGAAAAUGUCAUUUCCACACUAAAGCAAUGGCGGACAGAGAUCGACGAGAAGCAGGAGGUUUUCCACGACAUGGAGGACGAGCUGCAGAAAGCCCGCGUCGUCAGCGACCGCAUGUUCAAGGCUCACAACGAGCGAGACUUUGACCUGGACUGGCAUAAGGAGAAGGCAGAUCAGCUGAGCGAGAGAUGGCAGAACAUACACUCUCAGAUUGAUAGCAGGCUUCGAGACCUGGAUGGUAUCAGCAAAUCACUGAAACACUACAAAGACUCCUUCGGCAGUCUGGAUGAGUGGGUCCGAGAAAUGGAGGCGACGCAGCUGAAGGCUCAGGAGAACAAGCCUGACGACAGCAAGGCGCUUGCUGAGCUGUUAAAUAAGCAGAAGGUUCUUGUUGGUGAAAUUGAACAGAUUCAGGGGAAAAUCGAUGAAUGUCAGAAGUACUCGGAGCACUACUCGUCUGCCAUGAAGGACUAUGAACUUCAGCUGAUGACAUUCAGGGCGAUGGUGGACUCCCAACACAAAUCUCCUCUGAAGAAGCGCCGGUUGAACAGCUCUUCUGAUGCCAUUCAGCAGGAGUUUAUGGAUCUCCGAACACGUUACACGGCUUUGGUGACGCUGAUGACACAGUUUGUGAAGUUUGCCAGCGAAACACUGAAGAGAACUGAAGAUGAGGAGAGAUCUGUUGAUGAGGAGAAGAGAGAGCACGGUGAUAAAGUUAGCAAACUUUUACACUGGAUGUCCAGUGUGAAACCAACCAUGAGCAAUGACGGGAAUUCUCUGAAAGAUAAUAAUGCCAACACAGACACUUCUAAUAAAUCACAGGUGUCAGUCGAGGAAAUGGUGACGAAAAAAGAACAAAUUGCCGAAGCACUCAGAGCCACACAAACGAUGCUAAACAAGCACAGUGACAAAAUGACAGAGGAGGAACGAGCGACAGCCCAGGAGCAGCUGAGGGCGCUCACUCAGGCAUACAAUGAAAUCUCCCAGCAGUGUUCUGAUCAAACAGCCUCUGCAGAAGAGUCUUUGUUGGAGAGACACAAGGAGUUUGCGGAGAAGUUGGAGGAUGUCUGUGACAGUCUCACUCUGACUGAGAACCGGCUGAUCGGUCAUCAGCAGCAGGCCGGAAAUGCGGAGAGUGUCUCGGACCUGCAGCAGUACCAACAGGAACACCAGGCUCUGCAAAAAGACGUUUUGACCAACGCCAGCGCCCUGAAUGAGGUGAUCAGCAGCACGAAAAAGUUUCUGGAUGAAAACCGCAGCAAGCUGAUGCCAAAUCAGGUCGCGAGUAUUGAGAGCAAGUUGGAAGAGGCUAAAGACAGAGCCAAGCUCAUCAACCAGCGGGCGGAGGAGUCCAGGAAGGAUUUGGAGAAGGUGGUUACAACGGCCAUAAAACAAGAGAGCGAAAAGGCAGCAGCUGUUGAACGGCUUGAAGAAAGUAAGAACAAAAUCGAAGGUCUUCUGGGCUGGAUAUCCAACAUAGGGAAUCAAAACAACGGCGGUCAGGAGCAAACUGACCAUAUAAGUGCAGAAAAUGGAAACCUGCCAGAGGAAACCUCGGUUAAGGCAGUGAUGGGGGAGGACGACGACGCCAAUGGAAAUGCUUUACAGACCGCCGAAAAUGAUAGUGGUGGAGAGACCGGGGGCGACAACGAUGCAUCCCACGACCUGGAGAAGCAGUACGACCGAGUCAAGGCACGUCAUCAAGAGAUCCUCUCCCAGCAGCAGGAUCUGAUCAUGGCCACACAGUCGGCUCAGGCUCUGCUCGACAAGCAAGCGAAUGUUCUGUCUCCGGAGGAGAAAGAGUCUCUGCAGAAGAACAUCCAGGACCUGAAGCAGCGCUACGAGGCCUCCCUGACUCAGGCCGAGCAGCAGAUGAAGCAGGUGCAGGGCGUCCAGGAGGAGCUGAAGAAGUUCACCGACGACUGCGACGAGUUUGAAAGCUGGUUGAACCAGGCUGAAGCAGAGAUGGAGGAGCUGGGCGCUCCUGCAGGUUCCCAUAAUGUACUCAGUGAUAAGCUUCAGCAGCAGAGGAGCUUCUCAGAGGAUGUGAUUUCCCAUAAAGGGGACCUUCGCUUCAUCACGAUUUCGGGACAGAAAGUCCUGGACGUGGCUAAAGCCUGCGGUUCGGCUGACCCUGCAGCUAAGAACACUGAGCUGCGUGUGGAUACUUCAGGGACCUGCACUGCUGUCCAGGAGAAACUGGAUUCUGCAGCCAGCCGAUACAAAGCACUGCAUUCACAGUGCAACCUCCUUGGCAACAACCUCAAAGAAGUGGUCGACAAAUACAAGAAGUAUGAAGAAUCGAGUGCUGGCCUUUCAAAGUGGCUCAACAGCUCCGAGGAGGAGUCGAGAAAACAUCAAUCAGAAGCCAUAUCAGCCGACCCGCAGACGCUGCAGAGACAGCUGGAGGACACCAAGGCUCUUCAAGGUCAGAUGAUGGGACAUCAGACUGCCAUCGACACGUUACGUAAAACUGCUGAGGCUUUGAUCACAUCUGAAGGAGAUCUGCUGAGCAACACGGACGAGAUCCAGGAGACAGUAGACGACAUUGUGGAGCGCUACGACAACCUGUCCAAGUCUGUCAGUGACCGAAACCAGAAGCUGCAGAUCACCCUGACUCGAUCAAUGAGCGUGCAGGAUGGUCUGGAUGAGAUGAUGGGAUGGAUGGAAGGAGUGGAAGCCCGAGUGAAAGAGAAAGGCCAAAUCCCUCUGGAUUCUGCAUCUAUUGGAGAAAUACUCGGAAAGGAAGCGGCAUUGGAGCAGGACAUCGCCAGUCGUAAGAGCAGCGUCUACACCAUGAAAUCUAAGGUGAAGACGUUUGUGGAGACGGCAGAUCCGUCUGACGCCGUGCUGCUCAAGUCCAAAAUGGACGCUCUCUCCCAGCGCUUCUUUGACGCUUGUGACAAGCACAAGCAGAAAGUCUCCCAGCUCGAGCGGCUGAAAGAAAAGGUCGAGCAGUUCGAGGACGUGGCUGAUAAAGUCCAGCAGUUUGUUGUGAAGCGUUCGCAAGAGCUGCAAGAAACCGACGGGCCGGGGUCAACAUUCAAUGAGCUCUCCAAGCUGAUGGAGGACACCAAAGCUGACAUGGCCGAGUGCGCCAGGGAUCUGGAGAAGCUGCAGACUCUUUCCAAGGAUCUCUCUGAAAUGAGCACGGAUGGAAACAGAGUCCAGAUUCAGAGCAAGAUGGACGAUCUCACCAAUGUUUUCAACACCUUCAAGGACACCGUCAAAGAAAAGGAAGAGGAACUAUCAUCCUGUCAGGACCAGCUGGGAGAGUUCAGAUCUGCAGCCAGCGCGCUCUCCAAGUGGCUGGAGGAGACCAAUGACAAAGUGCCUGCGGUUCAGCCAAGCAGCACUGAGAAAAGUCUGGAGAAGGACCUGCAGAUAGUCAACGGCUUGUUAGAUGAAUGGACAUCCAAAGGCCCUUCUGUUGAAGACGUGAACAGCAAAGGAUCGGCGCUGUGCAGCCUCAUUACUCUUCUCACAUCCCCCGCCAAGACAAAGACCACAAACAAGUCGGCUCUUACUAAUGGUGGUGGUCCAGCAAGCCAUGCCUACCUAACAAAUAAAGAGCUGAUGGGGAUUCAGCAGAAUAUGACAUUCAUCAGCGAGGGUUACGCAAAGCUCGGAGAAACCCUGAAAAGUCGAGCGGCAGAGCUGAGCAGCUCGGUGCAGGAGGUGAAAGAGGCCCGAAAAGAGACGGAGGACAUGAUGACAUGGCUGAAGGACAUGAAGAAGACCGCAGCGUCCUGGGGCGGCACAGCCACCGAGAAAGAUUCGGUGAAAACGCAGCUUGAACAGCAGAAGGCAUUCGAGGACGACAUGAAGCAGAAGCAGGAGCAGCUCCAGAAGCUCAGAGAGAAGCUUCUUAACUUGAUUAAGACUCACCCAAACUCCCCGGAGGCUGCAAAAUGGAAGCAGAUGCUGGCUGAAAUAGAUGCCGCUUGGGCAGAAGUGAGCGGCUCCGUCGAGGAGAGGAAGCAGCACCUGGAGCAGUCCAACAAGAACCUGGACGUCUUCCAAUCAACCGAGCUGCAGCUUGGCCAGUGGCUCUCCGAAAAAGAGCUGAUGAUGAGUGUUCUCGGCCCCCUCUCCAUUGACCCCAACAUGCUGAAAAUGCAGAAACAGCAAGUCCAGAUCCUCCAGAAUGAGUUCAAGAGUCGGAAACCUCAAUACGAGCAGCUGGAGGAAGCCGCCGCCGCCAUCCUCAGCUCGUCAGACGGCCAAGAUGCUUCGAGCGGGAAGGCGGUGAAGGAGCAGCUCGCCGCCGUCACGCAGAAGUGGGAAGGCCUGACGGGACAGCUGGACCAACGAGACGGCCUCAUCGACCAGGCGGCGGUGAAGACCGGACAGUUUCAGGAGUUGCUGAGGAGCCUCAGUCAAACGGCCUCUCAGCUGGAGAGUCAGCUCACAAAUCACCACAGCCACAGCACCCAGCCCGACGCCGUCAAGAAGCAGCUGGAGGACGUCCAGAACAUCUCGGCUCAGCUGAGGGACGAGAAGAAGAAGCUGAAGAAUGCUGAGGCCAUUAACGCCGAGCUCACGGCCAUGGUGACGGAGGACUAUCUCAAAGCGGACUUGGCCAGGCAGCUGGAGAGCGUCAGCAGGCCUUUCAAACAGUUGGAGGAGAAAGCAGCCCAACAGAUCGAACAGUUAAACUCCACCUUCGCCAGCUCUCAGCAGUUUCACCAGACUUCCAAAGACUUCCAGGCAUGGCUGGGUGAGAAACUCCAGGACCAGUCAGGGCCUCAGCCCGUUUCCGCCAAAGUGGAGGUUCUGCAGCAGAGCCUGGAGGAGCACAGCAAGCUCCAGAAGGCGCUCGGCGACCACGAGGAGGCCUACAAUACAAUCACUGGAGAGGGAGAGAUGCUUCUUCACAACACUGAUGGUGCAGAAAAGUUAGCACUGCAGGGACAACUCACUACCCUGGCCUCCAACUGGGAGGAGGUGAAGAAGAGUGCUGCCGAACACGCCGAGAAGCUUCAAACGGCUCUGCUGAAGUCUCAGAAAUACCAGGAGCAUGCGGAAAAGCUGAGCUCCUGGAUCCAGGAGUGUGAAGCCAACGAGGGCCGGGUCAAACUCACGGCUGAUCCCGUUGCGGUGGAGGACUCCCUUUCUCAGGUGAAAGCUCUCCAGAAGGACGUGGACAAGCACAGAGGUUUGGUGGAGCAGCUCAACACAGCGGCUGAAAGCCUCCUUGAGGUGGCCAACGCAGACACCGAAGCCGUCAAAGAAGAGAAGUCCAGCAUUGGCAAGAGAGUGGACAAGUUAUUCGAAGGUCUUCAGGGCAAACGGGACUCCCUGGAGAAGAUCUCACGCACAGUUAAAGAAUUUAACGACGCCCUCAAAGAGGCGAAGGGUCACCUGGAGGGUGCUAAGAAGCAGGUGGAUGCGUACGAAUCGCAGGGCGUGCAGGCGUACAGCAACAAGAAUUUAGCCAACAUGAAGGCUCAGCAUAAGAGUUUGGAGGGUGUGCAAAACCAAGUGGAGCACAUGAAGGCCUUGGCAAAGGACCUGGUAGUGGAAGUCCCAGACGCUGACGGAGUGACGGAUCUCUUACUGCAGGCAGACAGCCUAGAAAAAGACUACAGCAGCCUCGACAGGAAGCUGGAGGACACGUGCCACGUGUUGGAGGGUAAGCUGCAGGGCAUCGGGCAGUUCCAGAACAGCCUUCGUGAGAUGUUCACCCGUUUCACGGAGCUGGAUGACGAGCUGGACGGGAUGUCUCCCGUCAACCUCGACCUGACCGCUCUUAAAGAGCAGCAGGAGAGCAUCCAGAGUUUUGUGGCCAAGUUGCGGGAGCUGAUGGCUAACACGGCCAACGCCGGAGACAGCUGCAAGAAGAUGCUUGAGACCGAGUCGUCCCCUGACCUGUUGGGCCUGAAGAGAGACCUGGACGCUCUGAGUAAGCAGUGUGGAAAACUGUUAGACAGAGCCAAAGGAAGAGAGGAGCAGGUGCAGAGCACUCUCGCCACGCUGGAGGACCUGUACCGUCAACUCCAUCAAAUGGAGGAUAAACUGUGCAGAGCUGUGGACAAGGAGGCGUCCCAGGAGGCCGUCGGCAUGGAGACAGAUGUGAUCAACCAACAGCUGGAAGCCUUCAAGGCUUUCCAGAAAGACGACAUCGAUCCACUGCAAACUCAGCUUCAAGACAUCAACUCUCUCGGUCAGGGUUUGAUCCAGAACGCUGCGAAAGGCACCAGCACCAAGAAACUUGAGGACGACCUGGAAGGCGUCAACUCAAAGUGGAAUACCCUCAAUAAAAAGAUCGCUGAGCGCUCAGCCCAGCUGCACGAAGCCCUGCUGCAUUGUGGGAGGUUUCAGGACGCUCUGGAGUCCCUGCUCAGCUGGCUGACCGAUACAGAAGAGCUUGUGGCCAGUCAGAAACCUCCGUCUGCAGAGUACAAAGUGGUGAAAGCACAGAUACAAGAGCAGAAACUUUUACAGAGGCUGCUGGACGACCGAAAGCCGACAGUGGAGCUGAUAAAGAAAGAGGGAGGGAAGGUUGCGGAGCUCGCCGAGUCUGUGGACAAGGAGAAAGUUGCAAAAGAAAUUGAAUGUCUGGGACAGAGGUGGGACGCUCUGCUCAAGAAAGCUGAAAACAGGCACAAACAACUAGAGAGCAUCUUAGUGGUCACCCAGCAGUUCCAUGAGACUCUGGAGCCUCUGAGCGACUGGCUGGCAGCCACAGAGAAACACCUCGUCAACGCAGAGCCGAUCGGAACGGAGACGUCCAAACUGGAGGAGCAGAUCUCUCAGCAUAAGGCCUUAGAGGAGGAGAUAAUGAACCACAGUAAAGACCUGUUUCAGGCGGUCAGCUUGGGCCAAAUGCUCAAAGCUGUCAGCUCAGCGGACGACAAAGAGUUCGUCCAGACCAAACUGGACAACACCCAGGGCAGUUACAUAGAGCUCCAGGAGCGAUGCAGGAGAAAAGCCGAGAUGCUGCAGCAGGCGCUGGCGAACGCCCAGCACUUCGGCGAGCACGAAGUGGCCCUCAUGAACUGGCUCAGCGAGGUGCACGCCCGGCUGAGCGAAGCGUCUGUGGAGGACUACAGAAUAGACGUUCUUGAAAAGCAGCUGGCAGAACAACGGGAGCUCCAGAGCGAUAUUGACUUGAGGAAGAAGAAUGUUGACCAAGCCGUUUCUAAUGGGUUGGAGCUGCUGAAGCAAACAACAGGUGACGAGGUGGUCGUCAUCCAAGGCAAACUGGAUGGAAUAAAAGCCAAGUACGCUGAGAUAAACUCCAUGAGUGACAACGUUUUGAAGACGCUGGAGCGGGUUUUGAGUCUGUCUUCGAAGCUGCAGCACACUCACGAGGAUCUGCACUCCUGGCUGGAGAAGGCAGAAGUGGAGAUCAGCAGUUUCUCUGAUCAGGAGCCAGUCGGAGAACAGUUAAUGCAAUCACAAAGCAGACAGAGGGCCCUGCUGAAAGAGACCAAAGACCAAAAGCCUGUGUUGGACAAGCUGAACGAGCUGAGCGGUUCUCUCCUGGAUCUGAUCCCCUGGCACACUCGUGAGAGUUUGGACAAGCUGGUGACGGAGGAUAAUGAGCGAUACAGAGCCGUCUGUGACACCAUCACUCAGCAGGUCGACCAGAUCAAUGCCGACAUACUCAAGUCGCAGCAGUUUGAACAAGCUGCAGAUGCUGAACUCUCCUGGCUGGCUGAAGCUGAGAAGAAGCUGUUGUCAGUGGGCGAGAUCAGGCUGGAGCAGGACCAAACCGCAGCCCAGCUGCAGGCUCAGAAGAUUUUCUCCAUGGACAUCAUGAGGCACAAAGAUGCAGUGGACGACAUCGUGAAAACAGGGAAGGCCAUCAUGAGCAGCAAAAACCCCGAAGAGAAACAACUCUUGAAGGCCAAGACCAAGAGUCUCCUGGAGAAGUACGGCGUCGUCAGUCAGCUGAAUUCCGAGCGCUGUCUGCAGCUGGAGCGAGCCCAGUCUCUAGCCACGCAGUUCUGGGAGACCUACGAGGAGCUGUCCCCGUGGCUUCAGGAAGCCAUCGGCACCUUCAGCCAGCUGCCGCCACCUGCCAUCGAGUAUGAAACGCUCAGGCAGCAGCAGGAGGAGCUCCGGCAAAUGCGGGAGCUGAUUGCUGAGCACAAGCCCCACAUUGACAAGAUGAAUAAGACCGGGCCUCAGCUGCUGGAACUCAGCCCGACGGAGGGAGCGCCCAUAAAGGAAAAAUACACUUCGACUGACCAGCUUUACUCUAAACUCAAAGCUGACGUCAAACAGAGAGCUGCCACUUUAGACGAAGCCAUCUCUAAAUCCACUCAGUUCCAUGAUAAAAUUGACCCCAUGCUGGAGUCCCUGGAGCGGAUCGCCGAGCGGCUGAGGCAGCCUCCGUCCAUCUCAGUGGAAGUGGACAAGAUCAAGGAGCAGAUUAGUGAAAAUAAGGCCGUCUCGAUGGAUUUGGAGAAACUGCAGCCCUCCUAUGAUACACUGAGGCAACGGGGCGAAGAGAUGAUCGCACGAUCUGAAGGAGCAGACAAGGACAUUUCUGCUAAAGCUGUCCAAGACAAGUUGGAUCACAUGGUGUUCCUGUGGAGCGACAUCCAGGCGCUGCAGGAGGAGCGCGAGGCGAAGCUGCUGGAUGUGAUGGACCUGGCAGAGAAGUUCUGGUGUGACCACUGCGCCCUCAUCGUCACCAUUAAAGACUGCCAGGACCUCCUGAAGGAGCUGGAAGAACCCGGAGUCGAUCCCUCAGUCGUCAAACAGCAGCAGGAAUUUGUGGAGGGAUUCAAGGAGGAAGUUGAUGGGCUGCAGGAGGAGCUGGACGUUGUGAGAAACCAGGGCGCCGUGCUCAUGACGGCCUGCGGGGAACCUGAUAAACCCGUGAUCAAGAAAAGUGUUGAUGAGGUGAAUUCAGCCUGGGAGAAUCUCAAUAAGACAUGGAGAGAGAGGAUAGAAAGACUGGAAGAAGCCAUGCAGGCGGCUGUACAGUUUCAAGAUGGCCUGCAGGGUAUGUUUGACGGGGUGGACAUACUGGAGAGCAAACUGGAUUCAAUGUCGCCGGUCGGCACGGACCUGGAAACCGUCAAACAGCAGAUUGUAGAGCUCAAGGAGUUCAAACAAGAAGCGUACCAGCUCCAGAUCGAGAUGGAGCGUCUGAACCACCAGGCGGGCCUCCUGCUGAAGAAGGUGACGGAGGAGGCCGAUCGCUGCGCCAUCCAGGAGCCCAUGUCUGAGCUCAAGAUGCUCUUGGACAACAUGGAUGAGAAGAUCAUCAGCCGGCAGCACAAACUGGAGGGAGGUCUUCUGGCUCUGGGCCAGUUCCAGCAUGCACUGGAUGAGCUGCUGGCCUGGAUGAGCCACACCGAGGAGCUGCUGAACGAACAGAGAAAGGCCUGUGGAGACCCCAAAGCCAUCGAGAUAGAGCUGGCCAAGCACCAUGUUCUGCAGAUAGACGUUUUGGCUCAUAAGUCCACAGUUGAAACGGUGAACAAAGCUGGUAAAGAUCUGGUGGAGUCGAGUGCCGGAGAAGAAGCGUCUUGUCUGCAAAGCAAAUUAGAGAAUCUAAAUCAGAGAUGGAAAUCCAUCCUGGAGAAGACAGAGCAGAGGAAGCAGCAGCUGGAAAGCUCUCUGCUGCAGGCCCAAGGUUUCCAUGGAGAGAUAGAAGAUAUGCAGCAGUGGCUGAAAGACACAGAACGUCAGCUGUUGGCAUCAAAGGCUGUGGGAGGCUUACCAGACACGGCCCGGGAGCAGCUUAACGCCCAUCUGGAGUUGUGUUCUGCCUUUGAGGCUAAGGAGGAGCUGUAUCGGGAGCUGCUGAACAAGGGUCACCAGCUUCUCGCCACGACGCCCGAGGGUCCGGACAGCAACACGGAGCAGGACCUCGGCAAUCUGAAGGAGAAGUGGGAGGCGGUGCAGGCGAAGGUUGCCGAAAGAAAGGUGAAACUGGAGGAGGCGUUCACUCUGGCCACGGAUUUCCACAACUCGCUGCAGGACUUCAUCAACUGGCUGACCCAAGCAGAGCAGACGCUGAACAUGGUUUCCCCCGCCUCCCUCAUCCUGGAGACCAUCCUGUUUCAGAUUGAUGAGCAUAAGAUGUUUGUGACGGAGGUGAACUCCCACAGAGAUCACAUUAUCGACCUGGACAAGACGGGAACCCACCUGAAGUACUUCAGCCAGAAGCAGGAUGUGGUCCUGAUCAAGAACCUGCUGCUCAGCGUGCAGGGCCGCUGGGAGAAGCUCGUGCAGAGGUCUGUGGAACGAGGCCGUUUGCUGGACGACGCCAGGAAGAGAGCGAAGCAGUUCCAUGAAACCUUCAAUAAGCUGAUGGAGUGGUUGGAUGAAUCUGAGAAGACGCUGGACUCCGAAGUGGAAAUUGCCAAUGAGCCAGACAAAAUCAAGACCCAGCUGGCGCAGCACAAGGAAUUCCAGAAAGCUCUGGGAAGCAAACACUCCGUGUACGACACCACAGCUCGGACGGGACGGGCGCUCAAAGACAAGACCUCCCUCCAGGAUGAUAAUCAGAAGCUGGACGACAUGCUGAGUGAACUCAGGGACAAGUGGGACACUGUUUGCGGCAAAUCAGUGGAAAGGCAAAACAAGCUGGAGGAGGCUUUGUUAUUCUCAGGCCAGUUCACAGACGCUCUCCAGGCUCUCAUCGACUGGCUGUACAGAGUGGAGCCUCAGCUGGCCGAGGACCAGCCCGUGCACGGAGACAUAGACCUGGUUCUCAACUUGAUAGACAACCACAAGGUUUUCCAGAAGGAGCUGGGAAAGCGCACAGUGAGCGUUCAGGCCCUCAAGCGUUCGGCUCGGGAGCUGGUCGAAAGCAGCCACGACGACUCCUCCUGGGUCAAAGUCCAGAUGCAGGAGCUGGGCACUCGCUGGGAGACGGUCUGCAACCUCUCGGUGUCCAAGCAAGCCCGGCUGGAGCAAGCCCUGUGCCAGGCUGAGGAGUUUCAUUCCACCGUUCACAUCCUGCUGGAGUGGCUCGCCGAGGCAGAGCAGAGUCUGCGUUUCCAUGGCAGCCUUCCCGACGACGAGGAGGCGUUGCGGGUCCUUAUUGAACAACAUAAGGAUUUCAUGAAGAAGCUGGAGGAAAAGCGAGUGGCCCUAAAUAAAGCAACUAAUAUGGGGGAGGCCAUUCUGAGCAUCUGCCAUCCAGACUCCAUCACAACCAUCAAGCACUGGAACACUAUCAUUAAAGCCCGGUUUGAGGAGGUGCAGGCUUGGGCUCGGCAGCACCAGCAGCGACUGGCCGCGGCGCUCACCGAUCAGUUAGCCACUCAGGAGCUGCUGGAAAACCUUCUUACCUGGCUGCAGUGGGCCGAGUCCAACCUCAACGACAAGGACAAAGAAGCACUACCUCAGGAAAUCGAAGAGGUCAAAAGCCUGAUAUCAGAACACCAGGCGUUCAUGGAGGAAAUGACCCGAAAGCAACCAGAUGUUGACAAAAUCACCAAGACACACAAAAGGAAGGCUGCUGCGGAGCCACAGAUCCAGUCUCAGAUCCCUGUGUUGGACAAAGGAAGAACUGGAAGAAAACGAUCUCCCACACAAGCCAUGUACGCAUCAACUACACAAGCCCCCAUCGAAACCAAAAACCCGCGGGUCAACCUGCUGGUGACCAAGUGGCAGCACGUGUGGCUGCUGGCGCUGGACAGGAGGAGAAAGCUCAACGACGCCUUGGACAGACUGGAAGAGCUAAAGGAAUUUGCCAACUUUGACUUCGACGUGUGGCGAAAGCGUUACAUGCGAUGGAUGAACCACAAGAAAUCUCGCGUCAUGGAUUUUUUCCGUCGCAUUGACAAAGACCAAGAUGGCAAAGUGACCCGGCAGGAGUUCAUCGAGGGCAUUCUUUCCUCCAAAUUCCCCACCAGCCGUCUGGAGAUGAGCGCCGUGGCGGACAUAUUUGACAGAGAUGGCGACGGCUACAUCGACUACUACGAGUUUGUGGCAGCUCUCCACCCCAACAAGGACGCCUAUAAGCCGCUCACAGAUGCCGAUAAAAUUGAAGACGAGGUCACACGCCAAGUGGCAAAAUGUAAAUGUCCGAAACGAUUCCAAGUGGAGCAAAUUGGUGCCAACAAAUACCGGUUCUACCUUGGAAACCAGUUUGGAGACUCCCAGCAGCUCCGCCUGGUCCGGAUUUUGCGCAGCACAGUGAUGGUGCGGGUCGGCGGAGGCUGGAUGGCUCUGGAUGAGUUCCUGGUGAAGAACGACCCCUGUCGAGUUCAUCACCACGGGAGCAAAAUGUUGCGCUCGGAAUCAAACUCUUCAAUUACUCAGUCUCCUAUAGCUAAAGGCAGGACCAACGUGGAGCUGCGAGAGAAGUUCAUCCUCCCGGAAGGAACCACGCAGGUGAUGGCGAGCUUCCGCUACAGAGGCCGGAGGUCUCGGCCUUCCUCUCGAGGGGCUUCGCCCAACAGAUCCACGUCCAGUCAGAGCUGCCCGGUCCCGUCACACCAGGCAGCGACCAGCACACCCAAGACUCCCCAAUCCAUAACCCGCAAUUAUGAUAAGCCCUGGCUUACAAACAGCAAACCCUCCACUCCUCUUAAAUCAUCCGACUCCUUCGGGAGCCCAGGUUCAUCCUCAGAGAGCGCUGCGGUUCAAGGCAGCAAACUGCGUCUUCCCGGGUAUUUAUCCGGGAAAGGAUUUCAGUCUGGCGAAGAGGGAACCCUGAUCAGCGCCGCAGUCCUGAAAGCUCGAGCGCAGACGGGAGAGUCGAGGAAAAAUUCCAGUCGCCCGGGAAGCAAAGCGGGGAGCCGGGGGAGCAGCCGCCGGGGAAGCGACGCCUCCGACUUCGACAUCUCGGACAUCCAGUCCGUGUGCUCGGACGCGUCCGAGUCGGUGGGCGAGUCGGCGAGGACGACGCCGCGCUCCGCCGCCCGCCAGCACGGGGGGAAGCCCUCCAAGAUCCCAACCCCGCAGAGACGAACCACGCCCACGAGCAAACUGGCCAAGGGAUCCAAGCGAUAGUCAGUGGCCUUGAAAACAAACAAACAAACAAACAAACACGACACGGACACUGGAGAUGUUGACCUUAAAAGACUGCUAAUGUGUUGAGUGUUAUUUAAAUUGUCGCGAAGAUGUAAAAUAUUCUGUUCAGAGAUGAUAUGAUUUAAUAUUAUGUGAGAAUGGAGAGGUUAACGGCCUUGCGCGUUUGUUUUUAAUGUAUUUUAUUUUUUGUGAAAAC